AUGAGUAACAUCAAAGUGGCAGUGCGAUGUCGUCCGCUCUUUGAGAAUGAGCGCCCUGCGGUUGGGCUGGACUUCCAACAGGGGCGCCGCAUCCUUCUUGACAACAAGACAUACGACCCUGACUUCAUCUUUCCCUCCACGGCCACGCAAGAGGAGGUAUUUGCAGUUUGUCAGCCCAUUCUGCAGAGCGUCAAGGAUGGCCUGCACGGGACGGUGAUGGUCUACGGGCAGACAGGCACCGGCAAGACCCACACAAUGCUGGGUGCAGAGGGCGAAACAAACGGCAUUGCUCACCGCAUGAUUGCCGCGAUGCUGGAGCACGUGCAGCAAAGGACGUUGGAGGAGACGAAGUGUGCGCUAACGCUUUCCAUGAUUGAAAUCUACAAUGAAAAGCUUACAGAUAUGUUGAGCGAUAACGGAGAUGCGGAGGUCACCCUUGUUGCCGGCUUUCCAAAGGUGAUGGUAAAGUUGACACUGUCUCGCCUCAGCGAGGCUCAUGAGGCGAUUAAGCGUGGCCUUGGUUGGCGGCGCACCGCCACGACGCUCAUGAAUGAGCGCAGCAGCCGCUCCCAUGUCGUUUUGAUUCUUGACUUUGAGGAGCAAAACACCUACACGGAGACGGUGGACGUGGCGCACCUCUUCAUGGUGGAUCUGGCGGGUAGUGAGAGUCUCAAGAAAUCCCAGGCGAGCGGAAUAGCAGCAAAUGAAACGGGGAAAAUUAAUAAGUCGUUGUUGGCGUUGAAAAGUGUCUUUUUGGCGCUUGCAAACUCGAAUGAGGCGACGCGGCCCAGCCAUGUGCCCUACCGCGACUCCAAACUCACAGAACUGCUUCGAGACUCCAUUGGUGGGACGGCGAGAACCCUCAUGAUCGCCUGCGUCUCCGCAGUGGGACGCGACAUUGAAGAGACGAAGUCCACCCUUUUGUACGCUGUGAAGGCGAGGUCCAUUCGAAAUGCCGCCAACACGGAGCGAGAAAGGCUGCUUGUGCGCCUUCGCUCCUUUGAAUUGGAGAAUCAACGACUGCGCAAUCGUCUGCAGGAGCGUGUUCUGGAGCGCGGCGGAUACUACGUCAACCGAGAGGAGCAUGAGCGACUUCAGCAGAUAGCGGAGGAACACCAGUCAUUAAAGGUGGAUGUCGAAGACUUGAUGCGGGAGAGGCAGCAGAGCGAUGCUAUGCAGCAUAUAAACACCUCACAGGCCACCAUUUUACGGUCCAUGAUGGAAGAAAAGGAGGAUGAGUUGCGGCGGUUCAAGCUGACCUAUCAUGAGGCACUGCUUCAUUUUGAUGCGCAGAUGGGUUCACUGCAGCGAGUUGUGCAGGAGGCCGUACGUGGGGCGCACGAAGCAGCGCAGCGGAGUGCAGAGACUGUGGUGGAGCAACUCGAGGCGUGGCGUGCAGACGUACUGCGUGAGGGAAAUGGGGAGCCGCAAGCGGGGGAAAAGGGCGGAUGUGCGGAAGAUGCAGAGGCUUUGGCGUUUUCUCGGGACUAUGAGGAGGAGGCGGUGAGACUUGUGAAGCGUAUCAAUGAUGGUUUCCGCAGCCUCUCCCAGGAGGUGCUUAACGUUACAGGGCGUCACUGUGCGGUGGUGCAGGCGUUGCAGGGGCGCCGCCGGGCGUCGCUGGAGUCUCUGGAGCGCACGAUGCAGGAGCAGGUGCGGGACGUGCUGUCUGCGCACGCGCGGGAACAGGCCAGGUUAGACAAGGAGCUCGAAGAUGAGCACCGCCUCUUUGAGAGCAGUAUCGCUGCCGCUGCGAGGCAGACAACAUCACCUGCAGAGGUGUUGCCGUUUCGGCACCUUGUGCGGAACCUGUGCCGCGACGCGGUGGAGAGUAGUAAGGAGUACUUCCCCCCCUGCGCUGUUAGCGACAACCUGGCGGAGUCGCUGCAACAUAUCAAUGAGGCCUUCCGUGUGAACGCGGCCAGCGCCUCGCUGAAGGCGUUGGUGCAGAUGGGGAACAUGCCACCGCCUCGGUCCUCCAACUCGUCGAUAUCCACUGCCACGACCGCCACGGCAGCCACAACAGCAACCACAGGAGCCCCCGCUGUCGCUAGCGCGGGGAAUACACCUAGUACGUCUGCUGUUGCGUGUGGGGAGUCGUCGCGGCCGUUGUCUCUCUCGGGCAAAGACGUGAACCGCACGGCGGGCGUUGGCGGUGUUGGUAGGAUGAAGCGGCUUCGUAGUGAUAGUGCCUUGUCGGACUCGCGGCGGACGUCUUUACGCGGUGAAAGGUAG